AUGUUCCGCAUUUUCCCACUGCUCUGUCUGCUGCUCUUCUCGGCUGUCCGCUCGGAAAACUGCGACCAGGAUGCGAGUGCCACGUUGUAUUGUCGCGGGGAACGGGCUCUGCGAAAUGUCCUGCGGAACUUAAAUCGCAGCGAAAGACCCCUGGUGGUAGUUAGGGGCCUCGAGAUAGUGCCCCUUCAGAACAACUCACUGGAUAAUGUGGACCAGGAUCAGGACCAAAGCCUUCUGGAUAGUCUGUCCUUCUAUCUGCGCACCCACGAGAUCAAUGUAAAGCUGGCCGAUCUCCUCGAGGAUGAAGCGCAAGUUUCAGAGGCUCGCAAAAAGGACAAGGGCCAGGGCAUGUUGUUGGCCAUGGCUCUGAUGUUUGGCAAAAUGAUGGCCGUGAUGGGCUUGGGCGGCAUAGCGGCUCUGGCCAUGAAGGCGUUGGGCGUCUCUCUGGUGGCCCUGAUGAUGGCCGGAAUGCUGGGCCUGAAGACAGCCGCCCAGCAAGGCGGGGAGACGAGUCACAGCAUUUCCUAUGUGACCGGCGAGGGACACGGACAUCACCACAAGCGAAGGCGCCGGUCGUCGGGUCAACAACCCUUGGCCUACAGGGGCUGGAACUGA